AUGGACGCGUACAUCACAUGUGCGGAGUACACGCAGUUCUACGGAGGGAAGAAAGCGGACCUUCCACGAACUAAUUUUAGACGUUUAUCAUUUGAUCACUGCAGUUUGUCUCUACAGCCAUUUGAAUACCCGGUUUGCACACCAGAUGGGACAGUCUUUGACAUACUGAGCAUUGUUCCUUGGAUAAAGAAAUAUGGAACCAAUCCAAUCACAGGAGAAAAACUAGAUGCCAAAUCACUUAUAAAGCUAAAUUUUGCUAAAAACAGUGAAGGUAAAUACCACUGUCCAGUGCUAUUUACUGUAUUCACAAAUAACUCCCAUAUUGUGGCCAUCAAGACAACUGGAAAUGUGUUUGCCUAUGAGGCAGUUGAGCAGCUGAACAUAAAACCAAAGAGCUACAAGGAUCUCUUGACAGAUGAGCCCUUCACUCGACAAGACAUUGUGACACUGCAGGACCCAACAAACUUGGAUAAAUUCAACGUCUCUAACUUCUUUCAUGUUAAGAACAACUUAAAAGUAAUUGAUCCAGAGGAAGAAAAAGCAAAAUUAGAUCCUUCUUACUAUUUGAAAAAUACAAAUGCAGAGACCCGAGAGACUUUACUGGAACUUUAUAAGGAAUUCAAAGGAGAUGAUAUUUUAGCAGCUACCAUGAAGGCUCCUGAAAAGAAAAAAGUGGAUAAGCUGAAUGCAGCCCACUAUUCCACUGGAGCAGUAAGUGCUUCCUUCACCUCCACUGCAAUGGUGCCAGAAACUACCCACGAAGCAGCUGCUAUUGAAGAGGAUGUUGUAAGAUACAAAUACGUGAAGAAGAAGGGCUACGUACGACUUCACACUAAUAAAGGAGACCUAAACUUGGAGCUGCACUGUGACAUGACACCCCGAACAUGUGAAAACUUUAUCAAACUGUGCAAGAAAAACUAUUAUGAUGGAACAGUUUUUCACAGAUCAAUUCGUAAUUUUGUGAUCCAAGGAGGUGAUCCAACUGGAACAGGAACAGGAGGAGAGUCAUACUGGGGAAAACCUUUUAAAGAUGAAUUCAAGCCCAACUUGUCCCACACAGGACGUGGUGUUCUCAGCAUGGCCAAUUCAGGACCUAAUACAAACAAGUCGCAGUUCUUUAUCACCUUCCGCUCUUGCGCGUAUCUGGACAAGAAGCAUACGGUGUUUGGAAGAGUGGUUGGUGGCUUUGAGACUCUGACUGCUAUGGAGAAUGUGGAAAGUGACCCGAAAACAGACCGUCCCAAGGAGGAAAUACGAAUUCAGUCAACAACUGUUUUUGUUGAUCCAUAUGAGGAAGCGGAUGCCCAGGUUGCUGCAGAAAGAGAAAAGGUUCAGCUAGAAGAAGAAGCAGCCAAAACAAAAGUUGAAGUAGCCACGCCGAAGAAAGAGAUCCAGACUCCUAAAACUUACCGGCAGGGGAUUGGAAAAUACAUUAACAUGGCUGCAGCGAAGCGCAGUGUGGAGGACGACGGGCCCUCAACCAGCACAGCUGCGAAGAAAGAGAAAAAGAGCACAGGCUUUGGGGACUUCAGCUCCUGGUAGCACAGCGAGGAGCCUAGCACCGGAGCAGCACAGCGAAAAAGAAGAGAGAGCGUCCCGCGUGUCCCCAGAGAGCCCCAAAGACAAUCUGUCCUGGGGAGGGAAGGCACCGGCCUGCCCUUCCACCGGGGAAGAAAACUGUUGCUUUGUUAAGGCCGGUUAAUGGGGCUUUGUUUUCUAGAGAGCUGCGUUCCCCAACUGCAUCUUCCUCGAAGGCCUUUUUGUUGUUGUUUGGCUGAGGGGGGAGCGGCGGUGCGGCUUCGCGGCAUCCUUGCUCCACUUGGCUGGCAGCAGACCAGGCCGAGCCUUGCCGCUUCCGUGGGCGGCUGCGCUGGUGAAUGAGCUGCUUGCUCAGGUAAUCGUUUCCAGAUGAGCCCCAUCUGCCAACUGCACGGAUGAAUUGAUGUGCUGGGGAAGCGCCUGUUCUGCUUAGCCGAGGGGAGGAGAGGGCUCCAGCUUGUUCUGCCCUGUCUAGGGCUUCCCUUCCCUUCGAGCUCUGUUUUGCUGCUUCUUAACAAGGACCAAUUCUGUCUUUCGCCGUUUGUGGGCUUGCCUCUGGGAUGGCCCGAGACUGCUGUCCGUCUCCACAGGGCCUCCUUGCUCACUCCAAAGUGAGCUGUCUGCCCUGUUUCCUCUCUGACAGCCUGGGGAGCAGCCGAGCUGGCCCAGGAGCCCGGCGCAGCUGGUUGCGCCCCGAGCUGGCGUUGCGGCAGCCCGAGGGGCCAGGACUCAUCAGUUCAAACCUGCCCCCUGGCUCCAGAAACUGCAGCCCGGGGUAACUGAGCAGGAACAGAAACAACUUCACAGGGUUUAUUUAAACCAUCCCCAAAGCCUGCUCCUUGCAGGGGAACAAGUACUGCAGUCUGAUCCGACAUCGGGCCCCCCAUCGUUAGAGAAAAUGCAUGUAAUACAGCCAAAGGGAGUCUAGAGCACUCACCUUGAAUACCCACAAACUUAAUAAAGCGUCCUAAUAGUUUGUGGGGUAGAGACAUAUUAGCCUGUGAAGUUUUAAUCCAAAAACAUCAUGUGUAUUACCAUCAUUUAGGCAUAGCAGGCUAGAUCCAGAGCAUUACAUUUUCAGUUCAUCGUAGGUGUUUUUGGAUGACAGAAAUGCCCUCCCUACCUCUACCUGGCUGAGGAGAUAGUUUUGUAAUUAGAUUUAUAACAUGCAUUUAUAUCAGUGCUUUUGUGUUUAAAGAGAAGUCUCCAUUUUUAUGAAAUUGCUAUAAAAACUUUUGGUAAGAUGUUUUGUAUUAAAUGCCUUUAUUUUCUUUUGAAUGUUUGCCUUUGUGUUCAACUGUCAUUUCCAAGAUCAUGGCAGUACAAAAUUGAUUGUCUUACCAGGAAAUGAUUCAUUCCUGCUUUUUAAGAUGCUCAGAAAAAAACUCUGGGAUUUUUGCGGAUAUGAUUACAUCUUUGUUAAAUCAUAGGAAGUUCAAACUAGCUUGAAAGAAUAAUAGGGGUUUAUUUUGUUUUGAAACAUUUUGCAAUGUAUAAAU